AUUUCGAAACUUUGUUCGUCUCGUUAACGUUGUUUCAAGCUUCGGUAGCGCAGGAAUGUGUGCUGCGAUCCUUGGUUAUGGCAGUCCCACUGGAAAGUUCAAAUAAAACAAAUGAUUGCUUGAUAAAACACGCCUGCGCAACGACAGACGACAACAACGUCAUCAGCAUAGCGACCAGUCUGUACGACGUUCAGUAUGAAAAUCAGUGGAACAACUACAGCGACACCAUGCUCGCCAAAUGUGCCUGGUCCUGCAGAACUGUCGACCAGUGCGUUGGGUUCAACUUCAGAAACAGCAGGACAGCAAGCGGUGAUGGCGUGUUCUGCCACUUGUUACUCACUCGACCUAUGCUGUACCUUUCCAGGGAUGACUGCGUUUACUACCAGGCAGGUUCUGAUCUGUUCAUUGUGAACUCCAGCUCCAUAAAGAAUGUUACUGAUUAUUUGAGAACUGUAGAUAAUUUAAUAAAGUUCAGAAAGUUGUCUACAUGCACUGAUGAAAAUGACCAAACGGCGCGCCGUGUUAAGUGCUCGGAAUUGAAAUUUUUUAACAGCUCAAACGUUGAAGAACGAUGCAGCAGUUACUUGGGAAACAGCUACUGGACCCCAAUCCAACGACGCAUGGAUGGUUCAAUUAAUUUCUAUAGAAACUGGACAGACUAUCAGUUGGGAUUUGGCAACAAAGGAGGAGAAUUCUGGAUCGGAAACGAAAAACUUUACCAAAUGACGACGAAGGACAAUUACAAGUUACUCGUGGUCAUGGAAGAUUUCAACAAUGUUGUACGAUGUGCACUCUAUGAUACGUUCAAAGUUGAUUCAUCUUCAUCCUAUUAUACACUAACAAUUGGAGGCUACUCUGGAGAUGCAGGUCCUGCUUUGCAGAACGAUCAAUACUUCAGUACUUUUGAUUACGGCGGAAAUGAAAACCUUGCAAUAUUAUUCAAAGGAGGAUGGUGGUACCCAAGCGAACCUUCUACAAAUUUGAAUGCUGUCUACUCAAUUGGACAUCAAGAACCUCCUUAUGGAAUCUAUUGGUCCACUUUUAAUGUCACCUUAAACACUCUUAAGUUUACUGAAAUGAAAAUUGCUAUAGUUUGAAAAAUUGUUUAAUUAGGAAUUCUUCCAGGUUCACAUUUGCUAACUCAUCAAUUGUAUUUAAUAGAAUUUUUUAAAUGGAAAUUUUUGUGAAUGUAAUGAAGUAGAGAGUAUGGUGAACUGCUGGAACUGCUAGAAAUCAUUUGAUGCAUAUAUCCAUUCUCCUGUUGUUUCAUCAAACUUUCACAGUGCAUUCAAUGUUGCUUUAGUUUUGCUUAUCAGUCAUACAUUUCGAUUAAAACAUAUCUACUCACCCUACACAUUAGGUGCGGGAAGAUAUGUGCGGGGAAAUAAAUAAUUAGCAAAUAAAUACAAUUAUUUGUCCCAUUACACUAGCGUAGAAAUUAACUUUAUUUUCAAAUAAAUCGAAAAAUUCUGUAAUUUGACCAGCUUGAAAAUCAAAUAAAUUUGCAAAUAAAAUUUUUCGUUCAAAA